CUGUAAAUAUGUGUUAAAUAUAUAAUAAUAUAGUGGAUAUAAAAGUCGUUUUUCACCUUUGAUGUGAACUUUAACCUUGGCUGUGUGUGUGUGUGAGUGUGUGUGUGUGUGUGUGUGUGUGUGUGUGUGUGUGUGUGUGUGUGAGUGUGUGUGUGUGUGUGUGUGAGUGUUAAAAUCAAAACUUGUGGGGUUCAAAGUCACAAAUCAACAUAAAUCACAUUUAAACUCCUGUUGAACAGGUUUUAUCACGCCGGCGUCAUUUUCUUAUUCUAAUCUAACUUUCUUUUUUUUUAUUUUGUUUUUAUUGUUUUUAUUGUUUUUAUUGUUUUUAUUGUUUUUAUUUUUUCUAUUGUUUUUAUUUUCUUCUUUGUUUUUUUUCUUUGUUUUUAUUGUUUUUAUUGUUUUUAUUGUUUCUUUGUUUUUAUUGUUUUUAUUGUCUUUAUUGUUUUAUUUUUUUCUAUUGUUUCUAUUGUUUUUAUUUUUCUAUUGUUUUUAUUUUCUUCUUUGUUUUUUUUAUUGUUUUUAUUGUUUUUAUCUUUUCUAUUGUUUUUAUUUUUCUAUUGUUUUUAUUCUUAUAUUGUUUUUAUUUUCUUCUUUGUUUUUAUUGUUUUUAUUUUUUCUAUUGUUUUUAUUUUUCUAUUGUUUUUAUUUUUCUAUUGUUUUUAUUCUUAUAUUGUUUUUAUUUUCUAUUGUUUUUAUUUUCUUCUUUGUUUUUAUUUUUUCUAUUGUUCCAGAUUAGUAUCCGCUUUUGUUCAAUCUUGAAAUAAUUUCUGUGAUUUUUGUGAUUUCUGUGUUUCAGAUCCGACCUCUCCGACCAAAACGAACUCUCUGCCUGGAUACGGGAGGAACGGUCUGCACCGGGUCAGAGUUCACUCAUCCUCUCAGAACCAUCAAAAGUUCUGUAGCAUGAAAAAAGUUCAAUACUGAGAGAGGAUAGUCAGGAAAAUGCAGACACCAGCUGCUCACAUUGAUGACUAAUGUUUGUUUGAUAAUGUUGAAAUAAUCUAAACGGAUGUUUGUGUCCCUGCAGCCCCAGUCCACAGAUUUCACUCAGUACAACAGUUAUGGGGACAUGUGUGGAGGAGGCCGAGGUGAGGACACGAUCGAAACUCUGCAGAUUUUUAGAGUUAGAGGGACAAACGUCUCGCUCUGUAGACAGACAACAUAAUGGUAGAAAGCAGCAGCAGCAGCAGCCUGUCAGGGGACUGAACGGCCGAAUCAUUAACUGUGAGUCUCAUUUUCUGUCCCAUGUUGUCCUGCAGAGUUUCAGGUAUGUCUCUCAUCUGCUUACAUGGCAUGCUUCUUCUCCAGCCUGCACCAGAGAUCUGCUCGCUCUCACACACUUUGACUUUGUGAAUGCACCCGCUCAGUCCUGCUACGUGCUUGCAUCACUGUUGGAUUAAAGUCAGCUGCAGGGCAUGCACCGAUUCAUGCACCGAUUCAUGCACCGAUUCAUUUACUGAUUCAUGCACUGAUUCAUGCACCGCCCAGCAGCUGACCCAGAGUUCAGUGUCCUUCCAUCGCCUCAUGUCUUGUUCUGUGUUGUAUUGACUCCAGCUAAAUGUAUAUUUACAUUUAUAGAAUAUUUAUUGAUAUAUAGAAUAAAAGAAUCUGCAGAAACGCCGCUUUAGAAAUACUGAAUAUAGUUUCCCACUCCAUCCAGUGACUCCUGAGCCCACAGUCAUCAGUGGACAUACUCAUGACCAUGCAGACUCCUUCCUUCCACUAUAUUACAUUUGUGUAUGUUUUAUUCUUUAGCACAUUAAGGAUGGCCGAGCAGCUCUUGCACGGAUGGACAGGGGAGUAUCUAUGCCUAAUAUGUUGGAACCAAAAGCAAGUAUCUUCUUCUUUUUGUACUAAAGACAAUAUUGACAACUAUUGUGUAAAAUAUAAACACAGUUUCCUUCAUUUUAGCUUCAGUCACACGAGGAUAAACAUUCACAGAGAAUUUAAGGAGAAUCCAAAGAAAGAGAGAGAGAGAGAGGGAGAGAGGGAGGGAGAGAGAGGGAGGGAGAGAGAGGGAGGGAGAGCAGCCUAAAAGAAAAAAGUGUUGGCGAGUUCAGUCCCCCCUAAAGUCCCGAGUUUCUGAUUCCACAUUUAAGACUUUAAAGUUUAAUUAAUUAUAAAUCCACAGAAAACUUCAGAAUCAGCUGAUUAAAAAAAGAGAAAAAAAAAACUAUAAAAACAAAAAUUUAAACUGAAAAAAUGUUGAAAAAAUAAUAAUUAUCGACUCAAUUUAAAUUUAACGUCAGAAUCAAAAAAACGACCUUCAGGUUCCUGGUCCUUGUCCAGGUCUUCUUUCUCCAACCCUCUGUAGACCUUAGUGGACCCAGAAGACCAGGUUUGGACCCUUUAGAGAAGGACUCGGCGUUCAUCAUUAAAACUCAAAAUCGGAUUAUUUACUGAUCGGUUUAUAGAAAAUCUGCAGUGACGAUCUGAGUUUCACAGUCCGUGGUUUUUGAAGUGAUUCUGAGUCCAUGCGGUGACCUCCACUCCAGAGCCCUGAAGAUCAGAACCAUCCAGUCCUGGUUCUGGUCCUUGUCCCCCUUUAGUACAGAGAUUUCUCCAGAUCCUCUGAUAAAAUUUUCUCAUUCUUUGUUUUUUUUAGAAACUCGAUGCUUCAUCAAAUUCAAAAUGAGCACAAAUAUAUAUUUAUAUUUAUUUAUAAGUAUUUGAUUUUAAGUAUCUAUUUAUAAGUAUUUAUUUAUUUAUAAAUAUUUAUUUAUAUUCAUUUAUAUAUAUAUGUAUAUAUAUAUGUAUUUUUAUUUAUUUAUAUAUUUAUUUAAAUUUAUAUAUUUAUUUAUAUAUAUAUAUAUUUAUAUUUUUGUAUUUAUUUAUUUAUAUAUAUGUAUUUAUAUUUUUUAUUUAUUUAUUUAUAUGUAUUUUAUUUAUCUUAAUGUAUAUAUAUAUAAAUAUAUAUAUCUAUAUUUAUAUAUAUAUUUAUAUAUAUUUAUUUAUACAUUUAUAUAAAUUUAUUUAUUUAUUUAUAUUUAUUUAUAUGUUAUAUAUUUUUUUAUUUAUAUUUGUUUAUAAAGACAUUUUCGGUCUUUUUAUUUGAUCUGUAGUUUUUUUUUUAUUUUCACUGAGUUUCUAAAUACCCUAGAGUAGUUUCCCAACAACUCAGUGUUUCUAUGUUUCUGUUAAAGCAGGUAUUAGUUAGUUAUACUUUCAUGAGAUGAAUUUGUGUCGUAAAGUUUGGACUCGUCUGAAUCUGUGCAGCUGAGAUCAGUCAAAGUGUAAAUAUGAGAGUAAAUAAAGAAAAAACCUCGACUGUUCGAACCAAAGAGAUGAAAACACCAGGAGACAGAUUUAUUACUGAAACUGAAAUCUGAGAGGGAGCAGAGUUCGGUACAAACCGUUUAACAUGGCGACUUUCCAGAGGGACUGACCUUCAUGCUGUGAGCGUGGGUCCAUUAAAGGUCAAAAAAAGGUCGAUGUGGAGGUGAAAGACUCGCUCUCAGAUUAGCAUGUCGCUUCAGGAGCUGCAGCGAGCGCUCAGCAUGCCGGCUUCUCCAUGCUCAUCUGCUUUGACUCGAAGUGGCUGGAUACUGUAUGCAGCAUACAGUGAGAAUCCGCCGCCCAGACCGCCAUCCACACGACUCAUCUGACUGUAUAUACUGAGCAGUAUAUCAGAGACGGGAUGUUCCUGUGUGGAUAUGAGCUGGUCUCAGAAACUUCUAGUUGUUUAUUAUUGAGCAUUUCAACGAUCAGGAACCAGUUUGAGGUUAUUUAGACGUUGGAGCGCCUCAGUCUUCAGGACAGGGAUGAACUCAGCUCACAUCCCCGGUGUCGGUCCAGUUCUUAGACCGGAUCGAGUUAGUCUGAUUCUCUGUCAUGUUACCUGAUCUUCUGCACGUGUUUACACUGUAAGUCCAGCACCAUAGCACCCUGCAUUUCCCCGACAGCCUCCAAUCAGCUCAAAGUCCCAGUCACAGUCCUGUUUCCACCCUUGUCCUCUCCGUUUGGGUCAGAACCUCGAAAUAACCCGGUUUGGUAGUUUCAGAUUGAUAAAGUUUGACUCAGCUGAUCGUUCUGAGCUGUUCACUGACGCCUGUCUCCUCCUGAAGGUCUAUCCCUAUGAAAUGCUCAUGAUAACCAGUAGAGGGAGAGCUAAACUGCCCAGGGAUGUGGACAGAACCAGACUGGAGGUACCGGUUCUCCCCGCUCACUUUGUGUAAAUUUCACUUACACAAAUCUCUCACUUUCCAUUUGCUUUCUGUCAUUUUAGCAGUGACUCUUUUUUUAAAGCUUCGGUUUCUAACCACAACCCCCCUCCUCCCCCCUCCUCCCCCAUCCCCCCGUCGUCCUCCCCAUCCUCCCCCGUCCCCCCGUCGUCCUCCCCCUCCCCCCUCCGUCCUCCCUCCUCCCCCUCUGUCCUCCCCCUCCCCCCGUCCCCUCCUCCUCCCCCCUCCUCCCCAUCCUCCCCAUCAUUCCCCGUCCUCCCCUGUCCCCCCGUCGUCCUCCCCGUCCUCCCCCGUCCCCCCAUCCUCCCCGUCCUCCCCCCUCCCCCCGUCCUCCCCCAUCUUCACCCCUUCCUCCCCCCUCCUCCCCCAUCCUCCCCCCUCCGUCCUCCCCCCUCCCCCUCCUCCCCCUCCCCCCUCCUCACCCCUCCUCCCCCCUCCUCCCUCCUCCCCCUCCUCCCCCCUCCUCCCCCCCUCCCGUCCUCCCCCUCUCCUCCCCCCUCCUCCCCCGUCCUCCCCCUCCUCCCCCCUCCCCCCCUCUCCUCCUCCCCCUCCUCCCCCUCCUCCCCCCCCUCCUCCCCCCUCCUCCCCCUCCUCCCCCGUCCUCCCCCUCCUCCCCGUCCUCCCCCAUCCCCCCUGUCCCCCCAUCCUCCCCCCUCCCCCUCCUCCCCCGUCCUCCUCCCCCUCCUCCCCCUCCUCACCCCAUCCUCCCCCGUCCUCCUCCCCGUCCUCCCCCUCCUCCUCCUCCUCCCCCUCUUCCCCCUCCUCUUCCUCCCUCCUCCCCCCCUGUCCUCCCCCCUCCUCCCCCCUCCUCCCCCGUCCUCCCCCCUUUGUUUUCCCUUUUCUCAUUUUUAGCGCCACUUAGCUCCUGAAACGUUCUUUGACAUCUUUGGGAUGGAGAUCCAGGAGUUUGACAGACUUCCUCUGUGGAAACGCAACGACAUGAAAAAGAAGGCGAAGCUCUUCUAG